AACGUGAUUCGUGAUAACGAACAAAAUUGACAACGUGAUUGAAAUUUCGAAUUAAUUUUCGUUCGAUUUGAAUGUGUUUCUAGAAUUUCAAUUCAUCAUCCGUUUAAUAUGAUGGUUUAGCAAACUCAUCUUCAAUUCCAUGGCUAAUCUCUCACAAUUAUUGGAACUAUCACGUUCCUCCGAUAUCUUGACAUUUGAAGCAACAGUUGAUACCGGCUUUGAAGCUUUAGCUGCUAAAGAAUGUCUCGAUAAAUUUGGUCCAGAUGUAAAUGUUUGCUACGAAAGAGGUCGAAUAUAUGUAAACGUUCCUAUUUCGCAGUAUCAUCUCGUUAAGAACUUGAGAUCAGUGAAUAACCUAUUAUUGGUUGUCGACGAAUUAAAAGAUAUCAGUUUUUUACCAGCUACAGAAAAUGAUAUGGCUCAAGAUCUCUCAACAAUAGCAAAUUUAGCCAACACCAUUAACUGGAAAAAACACCUCGAUGCAUGGAAGCAAAUAUCCGAUUUCAACGGGAAUCUGUAUCCAACUCGUGAACAGUAUUUAGAAGCAGUCUCGAAACUCGAGAAAAAAUCUCCACCCGGUGAUGAAAAAACUCCUGCUGAUGAAAUCAACGGUGUCGAUCAAGAAACACCUCCUAAAAAAGAAUUCAAAACUGAUGUAUUACAAUACAGAGUAACGUGCUAUCGAUCAGGAAAACAUACGUUUGGGUCUCAAGAUGCUGCACGUGGAUUUGGAGGUAGAUUGCAAGAUUUGUUUCAAUGGAUCGUUGACUUGGAUAAUUACCAGUUGGAAAUUGUUCUACAUAUUAAAUCCAAAAACGCUGUGGUACUUAUAACAUUGACUGAAUCAUCCUUACAUCGUCGUAAUAUUUCUCACUUUGGAUUGACGACUCUUCGAUCUACGAUAUCUUUUAAUCUACUUCAAGUAGCUGAACCGAAAGUAGGCGAAAUAGUUAUGGAUCCGUUUUGUGGAAGUGGAUCUAUCCCGAUGGAGGGUGCCAUAGGAUUCCCUGGUACUUACCAUAUUUGCGGCGACAUACAGAGCAAAUCUGCCACAACAACGUCGCUAAACAAAUCCUCCUAUUAUUCAGAUUAUAAACAAAAUCUACCAAUCGACCCGUUACGAUGGGAUGUGUGCGCUUUACCUUUGAGAAACUCGUGUAUAGAUAUCGUUGCCACUGAUCUGCCUUUUGGUCGACGAGUAGGAUCGAAAGCUCACAAUAAAUCUUUGUACAUGGAAGCUUUACGAGAACUAGCUCGAGUUGUUAAACCAUCAACGGGUCGUGUCGUACUUCUUACCUCUGAUCGCAGAGCAUUCAAUAUAGGUAUGCAUCAGAAUAAAAAGUACUGGACGCAUGCGAAAACCUUAGGUGUGAAAUUAGGUGGACUAAAAGCUUGUGUUUAUUUUUUACUUAGAACUUGCUGUGAUUAUUGACCAAUAAAAAAGUUAUCAUUUUUUCUA